UCUCUCUCUCAUCCCAUACGCAGCGGGAAAACGAAAAAGCACUCCUCUCUCUCUCUCUCUCUAACCCUCGGAAUCCGGCCGUCGUGCUGGAUCAGCUCCCGUCGGCCACACUUUCUCUCUCUACCAUACAAGGAGGCAUGGCGGUGGCGUUCCAGGGCUUCUCGAUCCGAGAGUAUGUUUCGAAGAUGAGGAGUGUUGACGUGGCCAAAUGCUGGCCAUUCGACGGGGAAACGGACGAGGGUUUUCUCCCUCCGAUUACGGUGGCGAAGUUCAGGUGGUGGUCCGACGAGCUGGGGCUCGUGCGGUUGGAGUCCGAAGAGAGGGAGAUGGUUUUCGGAGAGUCGUCUAGGAGUCGGGGAGACGCUGUUGAGGUGGGUUUGAGUGAGGAAAUCGGCUUUGAUUGUAAGGGGAACGAUGAGAGAUCUCAUGUGAAGACGAAGGCGAAGUCUAGGGCGCCGAAGAAGAGAUCAAUUGUGGAGAUUAUUGCGGUGGCUCCACAGGUGGAGAGAGUGGAGGAUGACGAUGACGAGGAGGAGGAAGAGGAGGAGGGGGGUAGUUCACGAGAGAACGAGGUUCACAAUCCGAAGGUUUUGGCAUUGUGUGAUGUUAGUUCCGAUUCGAAAAGUAAGGAGAAGAUGAAGAAGAAGAAAAAGAAGAAAGCCAAAUUGAAAGACGAAACCGUAAGUAAUAUAAAGAAGCAAAAGGGGAUGAGCAAGGUCAAGAACAAGAACAAGGAAAGAGAAUGUGCCCAUCUAUUGGUCAAGCCAAUUGCAAAGAAGAAGGAGAAACCUCAUAAGCUGAAACUGCAAUCUCGGAUGGUUUUCUCCUCAAAACCGAAUAGCUCAUUUUGUAUUGAGGGGUUAGCCAAGGGCAUUCCGGAUGCUGUGUCUAUUCGCGAGAAGAAACCAACAGUAAAAUGUUUAGCUACACAGAAGAAAAAACUUGGAAAACCUUCCAAGUUGGUCAAGCAUAAAAAAUCAGGUUUUCAUGUUCGCGGAAUUCUCAAGAAUCACAAAAAGGGGUUUAUAGGGGAGCAUUCCACGUUAUGCAACUCUCAGAUUGCUGGUCAGUUUAGUCAGUAUAGUACUCCCCAAUCUGACAGGCAUGUCAGGUUCUCAGACAUGAAUGACAUACGGGGACCAAGAAGCAAGCCUCCUCCUUCACAGUGUCCUAAAUGGCAAAGUGUUAGCAGUUCAAAUUCAAAUGUAUUUUCAGCUGCUUCCACCAAGGAUCAUGAAAUGGAAAGGGGUAAAAAUUUGACGAUUGCUGAGGUGAAUGAAAGUGAGGAGGAAGAUGUUUCAAUCAGCACAAAUAAUGAGACAGAGGUUCAAGUUAAACCUUCAAGUACAAGGAAGUUGUUUGAUACACAGAAUUUUCUGAAGCCACCUAUGGGUCAUGAAGAUCAUUUCUCCAAGGGUUCAGUAACUGUAAAUCAAGUUGCACCGAAUAAUGAAAAUUUUGGAACAUUUAAUCAAGGUUACAGAGAUUCAUCACAUGACCCCUCAUAUGACUGCUCCCCGAGAUUCCCUUCUUUGCUAAAACAAAGGUACGAUCCCGUUGUUCAUACCGAAGUGCGUGCAGAUAUUGUAAGAGCUUCCAACUGCAUGAGUGACGGGUUGAUUGAAUCACACUCUACGGAUCUUAUUCAUACUGCUGCUGCUGCGUGUUCCUUGGAGUAUGUAAAAUCAUCUUCUCAUCCGUCACCAUCUUCCUUUGCCAUGAAUGGAAACGAAAAUGGAAAGCUGCCGUUUCCACCACAGACCACAAAUGUAACUUAUCCUAACCAUGCUAUGCAAUACCAAUCAUUCUGUCAUUUCACUCCCAAGGAAUUGAUGCGCAGUAUAUCUUCCUUUCCAGACUGGAAGCAAAGAGCAGCUAUGGGUGAAGGAAAAUGUGUGGAUCAAGGUUUCUUCGGUUUACCACUGAACUCACAAGGGGAACUAAUCCCGUUAAAUUCAAGUGGUACAGUAACGGGCUCUUCCUAUUUGGCCCUUCCAAAUUUUGCAGUGUGGAAUAAUGGCGGUGCAGUAACAAAGGACCAGAUAAACGUGUUUCCCGUUUGUAGCAGUAUGAAAGGGAAUCUCAACUUCCCCGUAACAUCUAGGACAGGUCAAAGUAGUAUCCAAGGUACUGGUGUGCACUGUUUUGACCCUGCACGAGAAUCAAACCAAUCUGUCUAUGACCUCGCAUCAGAUUUGGAGUUAGUGAAAAACAAUAACAUUCAUUAUGGGCAUAAACAGUAUAACCAGGUUCAGACCCAAAUUGGAGAUGGAAAGGGCUUUCAACAGGGGAACCCCAACGAUGCGGCAAUUCAUGUGUCUCAACCGACAAUGCGGCUGAUGGGUAAAGAGUUUACAGUCGGUAGAAGUAGCCAAGACUUGCAAGCAUUUGAGGAUGGAAAGAUUUGGACUGACAAGCAGAUCAUAGCAGAGCAUCGUCCUUCCAACACUGCCAUUGGCUACUCCUCAUUAGAGAGACCGCUUCCAGGUUCCGGAAAGUUGAAAGAAAAUGUUCCGUACUUGUCUGAAUUUCAUAUCUAUCAGGCAUCACAAAAUGGCCCACUGAUGAAACCCCCAGCUUCUAUGUUUUCUCACCCAUACCACACCUAUGGAAGUCACGUUUCUACAUUGCAUCCUUAUAUACCUUCAUCGGCUUCCCCUCCAUUAUAUAGCCCGGCUCCUCUUUUCCAAGAUUGCUUUACAAUUGGGUACGAAUCAUCGAAAGCCAACUCGCAAAUUCAAAUGUUUGCUUCCACUCCUCAAGGUUACAUGAGUCAUAUGACUUCAAAGUCUGCUGACCUGCAAAAUAGGCAGAAACUACCCCAUGCAAUGAAGUCGGCCAUGGAGUUACCUUUCUUGCAUCCAGAUAGUGGAGAGCAUGUCCAACCUUCUUGGUUGCGGAACCCUCCUACUAGCUUGCCCCCAUGGUUGAUAAAUGCAACACAACAGAAGGAAACACCCAUUGGUUCUUUUCACUCUUAUCUUGAUGUGGGAGGCGGAAAUCAUGCCUCCACCAUGUAUGGAUCGAACUUUCAGCCUUAUCCACAUAAUCCUGCAUUUUCUGACUCUGCGGUGAAGAAUUCACUUGGCCCGCCGCUCAUGCCACUCUGUCGUGAAUUUAUACCAAUUGCUUCUGUUGGUAAGAAUCAUGGAGAGAGAAUGAAGUUCAAAGAGAGAGUGAGCCCUAGAGUGAGUGGUCACAGAAAGUACAUUAGGAAGAGACCAGCGGCUAGAUCAUCAUCCGAUUCUCCAAAGCCGACUAAGAUUCCUAACUUGACGGUGGAAGAAGGAUCCGGUGCUGAAAAACCACUACAUGGUAGCAUGGCUGCAGUUGAACAAGUCUCUAUCAGAGAUAAACCAAGCAGUACAGAAUGUGGGGAGACUGAGAUUCGGACGACAGAUGAGAUUGAAAAAUCAGGUCCAAUUAGACUAAGCGCUGGAGCAAAGCACAUACUUAAACCCAGUUCAGAUAUGAAUCAAGAUAACUCCAGGGCAACAUUUUCAUCUAUUCCUUUUGCUGCUGUGACUAGUUCUGGCAGGGCUUCGGAACCUGAGAUGAAAUCAGCACAGAUUUACAGGUUUUAGAAGUAAGUAUGUUCAUACCCAUGGCAUUUUUGCUUCCCAUCAAAUUUACUCAUGCUUCCUUGAUGUUACAUUUUCUAAGGCACCAGGAAUGCUUCUUUGGUUUCCAGGAUCAUUGUGUACUACUCUUGGGCUGUGCAGUUCAAGGGCAACGCAGAGCUUUUCAUGUCCAGAGUUUGCAUCUGUAACACGUGUAAAUUGCCGAAGUCAUGUUAAAUUAUGUUUUUGUUGUUGUUGUGUGUUCAUUUGUUGGGUUUGUCACAAUGGCUAUGUAAUAUGAGGCACUAUAAGUUGUUUUCUGCACGAAAUUCCUUCUUAUUGGUAGACUUAACGUGUUUUGAACUUCAAACUCUUCUGCAAUGACCUUGUAAUUGGUGAAACGACUAAACUCCUUUAAAGAUGUGCUAAAACAAUCUUUCUUUC